UUAUUUGACGGGAAGGAUAAAAUAAACUGUAAUAACACACAGAAAUGUAAAUGAAAAAGAACAGACACGCACUGAACUAACGCACAACCCAUCGACCUCCGAAGAUGGAAAGCCGAGGAUCUGUAACAGCUCGCGAAAGCUUCCCUAGUGUUUCUUUACAGUAUCAAAAGCUUUUGACAUCGAAUGAGUACUCUGUACGCGUUUGGGACGUAAACGAUCCAUUUGCAUUUCCCUUCAAAAGAUCGAGCCUGUUUCCACCAAGACAUGGCCAGACCUACCAUCCAGGAAUGUGGAGAAGCCAAACUCAGUUUGAUAAAUUUGCCAGGAUGAGUAUGUUCAGCGAAGGUCUAUCACGCCAAUCGCCACUCUUUUCACCAAAACAGCAACGUCGGCAAUCUGUGGAUGUGAAAUACCCAUACUUAACAUCCCUUUAUUCUACAAAUGUAACUGCUCCUGCCUCUAAACUUGAUAAAAAAGAGGAUUCAUCAGGAAGCCCGAGCCCAUCUGCACAAGAACCACCACCUAUUAACAAUGAGACUGCAAACAUUUCAACAGAAAAGAGUGUAUUUUUGAACAAUGGGAUGGAAGAGAAGAAAAUGGAACUAUGCACUGGUAAAACUACACGGCAAGACGAAGAAGGGGUACAAUCCGAAGAUAAGUUCAUCUUAGCUAUGAGAGAAGAAGGUUACUGGGAACGAAGAAGGAAAAACAACCUUUCAGCAAAGAGGUCACGUGACGCGCGACGAUUGAGAGAGAAGCAGACGCAGAAAAGGGCGACUUUCUUUGAGGAGGAAAAUCUGCGUAUCCGAGCAAAGAUAAACGCCUUGGAGGAUGAGAAUCAUCGUCUGAGGAGGCUAAUCAGUAACCAAGUGUGAUGCUUUCACCAAGUGCGAACUUCUUGAGUAACAAACAUUGCUUUAAGCCAUCGGAACAUUUUUUGAAAACUUCCAAAACUUGCUUUAGGCGACUUUCUUUGAGGAGGAAAAUCUGCGUAUCCGAGUGAAGAUAUACGCUUUGGAGGAUGAGAAUCAUCGUCUGAGGAGGCUAAUCAGUGACCAAGUGUGAUGCUUUCACGAAGUGCGAACGUCUCGAGUAAUAAACAUUGCCUUGAGCCAUCGGAAUCUUUUUCUAAAAACUGCUAAAACUUGCCUAGUUACAUAAAAAGCUGGGAUUUUUAGUUAAGCAUGCCAAAAAAAAACUUGCAAGAUUCUAAAUUUCUUCUUAAAAUUAUGAUGACGAGGGACGGCGAAUGAAAAUAUGCAUGAGAUGGAAAAUCAUUAGUUGCAAAAUGUUAACAGUGUAGAGGUAA